GCUUCAUCAACAUUAAAGGGAGUCUAACAUCAGUCGCGAGCUCUUAUUGUUGGAAAUAAAUUAGGAAAAGUUUUUUUCUUAUUUACAAAGUCUUUUACUCAUUGUUAAUAUGGAGAGAGCUGAAAAAAGGGAGGACGAAGACAAGAGAGAGACUCCACAUGAUGAAGAGGAAACUGAGGAACCUGAGGAUGAUGCAGAGGUUCCAUCUGACAUCAGUGCGUCUCAGCAGGAGCAAUCUACUGAGGAUUUGGAGCGAGAACAUGCAGAGACCAGCUCUGACAUCUCACACACUCAUACCACAGCCAGUGUCAUCACACACACACAAACAGAGCAGGACAGCGGAAGCGCACCAGAACCUCCACCAUCAUCUCUCCACCUCACACUGGCCUACAACUCCACAGCGGCUUUCACAGACAGCGAGGGAGACGAGAGAGCGAGGCCAAGCCGUAAUAAUGAAGACGUUGACAAUGAAGAUGAAGACGAUGAAGAUGAACUGCUCGUGUUGGAUCCUGAGCACCCUCUGGUGAAGAGAUUUCAGUUGGCUGUGAAGAACCACCUCACCAGGCAGCUGGAGAGUCUGGACCUGAAGCUGCGUGAGAAGGUGAUGGAGGAGCGGGCGGAGAACUCCCGACGUGAGGAUCUCGCCAUCAGACUCUACAACAGCCAGCAGGAACUCGCCAGAGAGCAGGCCAUUCUGGAGGCUCGACACGAGAGCUGCAAUAAAGCCAUCAGCGACAGGAGACAAGCGGAGGAACAACUUGAGAAGAUCAGGAACCAGUACAGCAGCAUGAGGGAGCAGGCCGGCAAACACCGCACACAGGUGUCAGAACUGCAGUCUGAGGCAGACAUUCUCGCUCGGCGUCUGCGCUACAUGCAGGAAGUGACCUCGGACCUGCGCUCAGAUGUCUCCGCCAUGAAGAACGCCAAGAACAAGGCGCAGGCGGAGAAACGACAAGCGGAACAGCAGAAAUACCAACAGGAUCUGUACGUAGAGCAUCUGACGAAGCAGGUGGAGAAGUUGAGGGAGCAGAUCGCUCUGUUCCAGAUGCAGACGCUCGCACAGACCAACGACAAACAAGCAGCCAGAGACGCCUUAUCCGAGGCUCAGUUGGAGUUAGACUCUAUGAUAGUGGAGAAGAAGCAGCUACUUCAGCAGUGGAACAGCAGCUUGAUGGGGAUGAAGAGGAGAGACGAGGCUUACACCGUGCUGCAGGAGGCACUGUGGUCAGCCAAUCACGAGGUGCGUGCUCUGGACACGGAGGCGGAGGGAUACAGGCGCUCCAUCACACUGGCGCAGGAGCAGAACGAGGCGCUGACGGUGCUGCUGAACCGUGUUGAGCUCAAGAGCGCCACCUACAGGAAGCUGCUCAAACAGAUACACACACAGCAGGAGGUGCUGCAGAACCUCUACACUGUACACUCACGCACGCUGCAGGAGACAGAGAAGAGCCUGAGCAGGGUGGACUCGGAGUGCAGCGCACGUCAGUCAGAGCUCACCGUUCUGAAGAAGCAGAUUGAGAAGGAGGCGUUUGUGCGGAUGGAGCUGGAGGAGAAGAUCAUGAGGAAGAUGCAGGAGCAGCUCACACACAACAGUGCUGCCAAACACACACGCAAUCUCAGUACCAAGACUAUGACUCAGCUCAGAGAGAAGGAAGCCCAGAUUUCGAAGGUUGAGAGUGAGUUAGCUGCAGUGGAGCUGGAGGUCAGUGAGUUGGCACUGCAUGUCGAGGCUCUCUCUCGCCGGCAGCUGGAGCUGGAACAGGAAGUGAUGAAACGGAACCAGCUGCUCUUGACCAAAGAGGCGGCGGUGGCUAAACUCAUCCUCACCGUCGAGCGCAAACAGGCCACCAUCAACUUGUAUAACAAGAAGAUUGAACAGAUCAGGGCAAGCACGGGGCAGCAUGAUGACCUGGGUCCUCUAGAGAUUGAGGUGAGGGCUUUGAAUAAGCAGCUGGAGGAGCACGGAGCCAAGAUGAAGGAGCAGCAUCAGCUCUGGCUCUGGCAGCAGGGGGAGCUAGUGAGACUGACUCAGGAGAAACAAGCACAGAGCAGCGCAACACUAACGCUAAACACACAGCUCACCAUCCUGCAGCAGAGGACCCUCCACACCAAGAGUCAGAUUGAACAGGAGGAGCGUGGUCUGGUUGAGAUAGAGAGACACUCUAAAGUUCUGAAGCUGGACAUGCAGAAGCUGCACUCACUCCUGAACCAGAACACACAGCUGAGACAGGAACUGGAGCAGAGCAACAUCCUGAUGGAGAACAGCUUCAUACACACACUCAAGGAUGCAGAGAGGGAGUCUGUGGAGACGCAACUGCGUCUAGAGAAGCUCCAGGAGGAAAAAGAGGGAUUACUAAACAGUCUGGCCGAAGCUGAGCGACAGAUCAUGUUGUGGGAGAGAAAAAUUCAGCUGGCGCGUGAGACUCGCUCAGCCGUGGAUUCAGAUGUUGGAAAGGGGGACAUACACACCAUGAAAGCUGAGAUACACCGCAUGGAGAGGCAUUACAACCAGCUGUUGAAGCAGCGGGAGAGGAUGUUGAGGGAGAUGGAGGCAGCGGUCACUCGCCGUGAGAACAUUGUGACACGUAACGAGGCUCAGACGCGCAGAGACAGCAAACACACCACACACAUUUACCUCCAGAACACACUGCAGAACCUUCGCCGCAACAUCCUCCAGACGCACAAGCAAGCAGAGGAGUGUGAUGGCGUGAUAACACAGCUGCAACAGAAGCAGAGUUCUCUCAGUGAGAGUCUGAGAGAGAAGCAGACGCAGAUCACCGACGGCAACAACACUAGCUCCGCCCACAUUGAUGAACUCAAUAACAUGCAGGAAACCAGAGAGAGAAACCUGACUCAGUUGCUGGCUCUGCAGUCUCGGGUGAAACAGCUGCAGGCGGUGAAGGAGGGUCGUUACAGCGCUGCGGCGAAGGGAGAAGACGCCCUGCAGCUCGCCACGUGCACACUGCAAGAACAGCUGCGCUUGAUCAGAGACGUUCUGCAGCAGGUCAUCCAGGAAUUUCCACAGCACAAAAAUCAGCUCAACAGGAUCAGCCUCCUCCUCUCUGCACACAUACACUAUGGUCUGGAGAGAACCUGAUGCUUGUCUUCACAUGUUCUCUUUCUAGAACUUUGUGUGUUAGACGAGUAUCAGUGUUCACAGCAAAGGCUGCUAUUGUACUCAUCGGUUCUGUGUGUGAGUACGGCAGCAGGAGGGUGUGUCCUAAUUUCCACUUAGCUCUAAUAAAUGUGAACUUGUUUAGCGAA